GGGUUUCUCUGAUCGCUUCUUCUACUAUGACCUUUGUUUUUUUUUUUGUCUCGAUUUUUCUUAAAAUUCUUUUUUCCUGUUUCCGGUUUCUGUUAAUCUGUUGGUUUUCUCGCCCCUUUUGUGUGUUUUAUUCGAUUUUAUUUGAGUUGAUGGUUGGUUAAUAGGAUUUGAUUUGAUCCAGCUUUCGUUAAACAAGAAAUUAAUUACGAAUUCUUGGAAAAGUUUAUGGGUUUCGAAUUUUAUAAGCUCCUGCUCUUAAAUCCAUCUUCCUCUGUUGGAUUCUUUUUUUUUUGGUCUAUGUCGACUAAUUCGAUUUUGUUAGCUCUUGUUAUUCUCUUUAUCGCAAAAAAAAUAUAUAUUCAAUGUUGUAUUAAAUAUGUUGAAUAUUGAUGUCUUAUGGGUUAUGGCUUCUAAUUUGAAGCUCAGUUUAAUAGGAGAUUAGUAUGUUAAAUGCUUGGUAUUUUUGUGUCUUAAUUGUAUGCUUUAUCAGUUAAGUACAUUUUUGAGUUUGUUAUUCUGACAGGAGUUAGAUGCGUACUUCUUCUGACAGGAACAGGAUCGCUUCUACAGAUAUUUCACCCAUGUCAAGUUUAACAGUGAGAAGGGUAUCGCGCGAAGAUAUACAACUGGUUCAGAAUCUAAUUGAACGAUGCCUCCAGCUUUACAUGAACCAGAAAGAAGUUGUUGACACUCUUCUAGAACAGGCUAAGAUCGAACCUGGUUUUACAGAACUAGGUAACCUCCACACUUCCUGGAUUUUUUUGAACCUGAUUGGAUAAUUCUUAGACCAAGUCUGACUUGUUAGCUUGUAUUGGUUUGAACCACUUUGGAAGAAUAUUAUUUAAAAAUCAUAGAUCGUGGUUGAUAUUAGCAACUAGAUAUAUGAAGGUUGAACUUAUUUGUCUCUAGUAGAUCAUUAUGAUUGUAUAUUUUCCUUCUGAGUUGACAGUUUGGCAGAAGCUUGAAGAAGAGAACCGCGAAUUUUUCAAGGCAUAUUAUCUGAGGCUCAUGGUGAAGCACCAGAUAAUGGAAUAUAACGAACUGCUUGAGCAGCAGAUAAACCACAUGCGCCAGAUGCAUCCAACUGCAGGGGCUUCUGUUCGAAACAGGAAUGGUUCUCAUGUUCCACCAAUGAAUCAGCAACAAUUACUCUAUGAACGCAAGGAACCAGAUCAAUCCUCUCCUAAUCUGUCAAGUCCAUACCUCAAUGGAGGCUCAGCAAUUAACACAAAUAUACCUUCUUAUGUGGACUUUUCAUCCCAUUCUAGAAGAGUUGAUCCUUCACCAAACUCGCUCUCCUUGCAGGCCACAAAUAUGCCUUUGAUGCAAGGAAUGAUCAAGUCUGAGACUGCAUAUCAAAACUGUGCUCCAUACAUGUAUGGUGGUGAAGCACAGUCCACAGUUGGAGAUGUCACCAUCGCAUCUUUCAGCAAUGAUUCCAGCAACCAAUCCCUGAAUGAUCCUCUUGUCGAUCCAGAUGCUCCUACAUUUGGCUCGUUAGGACAAAUUCCUCAGAACUUCAGCCUCUCUGAUCUGACAGCUGAUUUUUCCCAGAGUUCAGAUAUUCUGGAGAGCUACGAGGGAUCACCGUUCCUAUUGGCUGAUGCUGAAAAUUUCCUGGACUCUAGCGAAAGGGUAGAACAUCAAGGAGACCACGAAAGAUUGAGGACCAUAUCAUCAGGCUUCAGUUACGAAAACUUCCGAAGCAAUUAGGUUUAUUACACAUGGAACUUCGUAGUCAUGCUUUUACGUCUGCAACUACUUGCAGGAUUUAAUCCCAUGAUCAGUGUACAUAGAUAUUCUUACCUUUCGAAAGACAAUUUUGGGGUUCAGGGUGAUUACUAAUAUUAUUAUUCUCAAGUGUAGAGAAAUUUGGUUUUUAGUAAUAAAUAUUUAAGAACCUGUUGAUUUUAAUUGCAUCAUUGUAGGAUAUUCGAUUUUGAUUGUAUAAUCAGUUUGAAGCAGUUUUUUGCUUUGGGCUAGUGUGACCAAGUCUAAAACUUGUAAGACCCAUAAAAUAGUAUGAUCCUUUA